UGAGGUUUUGCUGCUGGUCAGCCGGGAGAAUGCUGUUAGAGACCCCGAGCCUGCCCUGCUUUAUCUUUCUGGCCGGGAAGUAACCGCACUCGCGUCCGUGGAGGUUUGAGGAUUGGGAAUAGCACAAGGCACGACGGAUCUUCCCGGAGCCCGUAACCCCAGGAGUUACAGUGACCCUGUGUUUGCCCCAAAGCAAUACCACUUGCACUGUUCCAAGGCACAGAACUAGGUUCUAACCUUCAUCUGCCAAAAAAUUUGAAUCGUGAUAUACUUGAAUCGAUCAAGUAAAUCAAAUUCAUUUUGUUAGAUAAAAAAAUGCACCCAAGAUGACUAAUAAAUAUUAAUGAUGCCCGAUUUGCCAGCUCCUUACUUAUGUAAAGAAGGCUGUCAUUCCAGUUACUCAUUAUAAAUUCACGUUGUCCAAAUAUGGGUUUAUUUUUGUAACUUUGAUAUUUGAUGGAUUUUCAUGGAUUUUGGAAUGGAUUGAAUCUGGUUCCCACUCCCCUGUUUUCACCCACCUGAAGCUAAAAUGUCUAGAAUGAGAAAUUAUGUUACAGACAGCGUAAGUGUAAUUAUAUAUCUGCGGUUAAAAAGUCUGUCCCCAGUAAAACAGGCUGAGGGGCUCAUCGGAUUUUACAAAUUGUGCCAUGACUCAGAAUCCUAAAAGCUGCCGUUAUAAUUAACAAAAUACCAAGGGGGUUGUUUAAGAUAAUUUUCAAUAAUCCUCUUAUUCCCCCCCCCCAACGUUGCCCCCAAUCCAGGUCAGAAUGCUUAAGGAGUGCUUGAAAUGUGGGGGUGGGGGGUGCCAAAAGAGAGAUCGCCCAGCCACGCCAAGGUCCACCCACUUCUCAGCGCUGCUCUAUAAAAGCGAGCAGUGGAGCGCAGAGCUCGGCAGUGAUUACUUCACACACACACACACACACAAAGGAGGAGUUCUCGCUCCUCAGGAAACCCUGCAAGCUCGGAUCGCUACUACAAAAACAUUUGUCUCAGUGGAUUAUCCUCACUGUCAGCAGGAGCCCAGCCAGAAUGAAACUAGUUCACGUAGCCCUGCUCUAUCUCGGCUCUGUGACCUUCUUCGGGGUGGAUGCUGCAAGGGUGGACGUAGCGACAGAGUUCAAAAGAAAAUGGACGAAAUGGGCACUAAGCCGAGCCAAGCGGGACGUGAAGCCUGCGGGUGUGCUGCGAGCGCUGGGGGCAGCAGCCGACGCGCUGCCUCUCAUACGCACUCAGGACGUGAAGGAGGAUUCCCGAGUCUCGCCUCCCAGCAACCGGGAGGAUGCUCACAUCCGCGUCAAGCGCUACCGCCAGAGUAUUAACAGAUUCCCCCACUUCCAAACAAAGGCGUGCCGCUUCGGGACGUGCACGGUGCAUUGGCUGGUCGACGAGCUCCACAGGGCGGCCGUCAACGACAGGAACGAUGCCGCCCCCCCCAACAAGAUCAGCCCCCAGGGCUACGGCCGCCGGCGGCGAUCCCUGCCCGAGCGCCGCAGCCCAGCGCGCUCCCCCCGCUCCGGGCGGCGCCCACGGACGCGCCGAGCGCAGCCCCUCGUCCCCGUCCUCGGAGUCUGAGCGCCGCAAGAGCCGGCCGAGGCCGCCUCGACGGAUGGACUGAGGCACGGGCUGAGAUCCGCCAGGAUUCGCGGAGAGCGCCCGCCCGGGCGGGACCCCGGCGCGCCCUCCGCGGGGGAGCUGAGAAGGGCAGCGGACGCUGCGCCCCCCGCCCGCCACGGACUCUCGCCCUCCCCGGGCCGGGCACCGCCGGCUCCCGCAGCCGCCGCCGCCGCCGCUGCUCCCGCGCCCCGAGGAGGGGAUGCUCAGGGGGGGACCCGCCGGUGGGCGACGGGCCCCGGCCUCGCCCUCUGCCCCCGAGGGUUGGAGGGUGCGCGGCAGCCGUGGGCAAGGACAGACCGCCCACAUCUGCUCUACCCUCUGCGUUAUGUGCACCCGGCAGGGAAUCGGACACUCAUUAGUCCCUGCGGGGACUGCGAUAUACUUGAACGUCACAGAGAGGAAAAGUGCAAUUGUACGUGGUUUUUGUUAAUUAUAAGUGCGGUGUGUGUGGAUCACGAGAUAUGCAUCGGUAUUUAAGAUUGUUCUGUGUCAUGUCUUUUUUUUUUUUUUUUUUGAAAAAUAUAUUUUAUUUUUAUACGGUUUAUAUAUAUAGAUAUAUAUAUAUAUUGCAUAAGGGCAUUUUAAAACAUUGUAUCCCCUCUAUUUUUCAUAUCAUGAAUGUCAAACGUUAAACUCUUUUUCCAUACCUUUUUUUAUCUUGCAUUCCAGACUGGUGAAAGAUAUAGAGAAUGUAUCAGCUGUUCUCCAUGGGUAAUAUGUGAAAUAAAAUAAACACAAUUACAUAAAACA